GGUCAGUAUAUCACUGCCAUGGGCUCGGCUCAAACAGCUCUUUCUGCUGACCUCGUCGAAUACGAUGGUCGUAGAAUGGCGCACCCCAUUCCUGGACCCGCGAGCUACCGAAGACCUUAAUAUUUCUCGUGCACUUAUUAUUCUGAACCAACCUUUUAGUGCCAGAUUAUUACAGACCCUCUGGGCCGCCUGUGAAUGGCGUUCUUGCGCCGAUGGAGGCGCCAAUCGUUUAUACGAUGUCUUGGGCGCAGCUGGUGGUCCAGAUCUUCGAAACUCGUUCUUCCCCGAUAUGGUGAAGGGUGAUCUUGACUCUUUAAGAGAGGAUGUGAAAUUGUACUAUACCUCGCAGAAUGUACCAGUAAUCUACGAUUCCAACCAAGAUUCUACGGACCUCAUGAAAUGUGUGGAAGCGUUGGAAGAGAAAGAACGUUUGACGGGGCAGGAGUUCGAGAUUGUGAUCCUGGGAGGUCUCUCCGGAAGAUUGGAUCAGACUGUACAUACACUAUCAUACCUUCACAAACUUCGCAAGACCCGCAAACGCGUCUACAUAGUCACUGACGAUAACGUGGGAUGGGUCCUGGACAAAGGCGAACAUCUCAUCCACAUCAACCACGACGUAUUGGGACAAACAUGCGGGCUCCUCCCUGUCGGCAUCGACUCAACCAUCCUGACGACAACUGGACUGCGGUGGAACCUGGACGACACAGAGUCAUCUUUUGAUGGACUUGUGUCCACGUCAAACCAUCUCGUACCAGGACAAGACGUCAUGAUCAAGACCUCGAAACCAAUCUGGUGGUGUGCAGAGUUAAAGGACUGCUAGGAGCAUCUGCUACACCUACCUAAUUGCAUAAUUAGAUUCGUAUCUUAGAUAUGCUAGUUCCUUGUAGUGCUCGCUUAGAAUUGUAAUGUGUGGGGAAUGAGUGGGAGGCCGUGUUCCUUU